CUCGGAAAUAUAAACACAUUUCUGGUAUUCUGGAUUUUAGAAAACGGCAUGGAUAUAAUGGUCUACAGAAAAUGAGACACAGAAAAUUUCUAUAAAAGUUUUCUUGGCAAUUUGUUGUUGCCUGGCGAAGAAUUUUUCACAAAAUAAAACAAAAUACAAGCAACUUGUCUUGACCUCGGGUAAAAAGCCUUAGGCACUUUCUCGUAUGAGAUUCCAAAAUUCAAAAUGGAGGAUUUUAUUUGUGCAAUAAAGACAUUAUGUGCAGAUAAAAACAACCAACAACUCUCGGAAUUAUUAAACAAGAACACAGAUCAAUUGCUGCAGAAUGCCACGAAUAUCGACCAAGUCGUUGGCGCGUUAGACCCCGAGCAACAUUCAUUAGCUUUCCUUGCUCUGUUGUAAGUUCCAAAAUUUCACAAAACACAGUUUAUAAUAUAUUAAAUAUUUUAAUUUCUAAAUUUCAAUGUACAAAUUAUUGUUUAUAUAGGAAAUUGAAAUUACUGUUUUAACAAAUUAAAUGAAAUCACUCAAUUUUAUUAUUUUCCGAUACUGAGUAAUUAUUUUAUUUUUCUCACUGGGAUAACAAACAAUAUGCCGGACUGCCAAUAUAAGCAGCGGCAACGCUACGCCAACAUCCCACCCUGACUCAUUCUUCCGACUCUCACCCACGCCAGGCGUACGAGUUAAUAGAACUUUAUGCAAAAAACCGUUUGAUGUAUUUAUUGGUAAUUAUGCGCCGCCAAGUUAAAAACAGCGUAUGCGGCCGCCAGGAAAGAUUAGUACGUCAAGGCUUACUGUAACUCUACGCCGAACAUCUUCAGAUUAGACUACACCGAAUGCACCCUGGACUCUGCAAACAGUUGCCAAUACAUUUGUUGUGGUAUAUGCAAUUGUUUUUCUAGGUCGUUGAAAGUUACUUUCCCUAACCCUGGAGACUUUGAAUUACUCUACAUGCAGAUUCAACAAUGUGUAAAUAUGUGCCCUGCAGAACAAAUACAACUGCUCAAAGUUCAAUGUAAGUUUUUACUAGGUGUUUGGAGUCCCUCAUAAAACACCUGGUAUGAACUAGACCAUACCCAAUCUUUUUUCAUUUCAGUGUGUCAAUUAUGUCAUUAUCUAACAUCUCAACUACUUGAGAAAAAACAGGUAAUCUCGUUUGUGAUUGGUGACACAAACUUCGGCCUUGAUAAUUCUCAAUAUCAUACUCAAUCUCAUUCAAUAAUUGUUUAUUAUCUUUGAGUACAUUUGGACUGAAUUGGACAUGCUCAUUGUUUCUUUACUUUCUAUGACAAACAUAUAUCAACAUAUAUUCUGUUGUAUUUAGCCAUUAAAAGGAAUCAAAAUCCUUGCAAUGGCCAUCACCAAGCUACAGACAUCUCCACUACAGCUCACCUCUGUUCAUGCAGAUUUAAUGCAGGUAGGCAAUUUUUAGUAUUGGAAAAAAACAAUUAAACUGUCAGCAAACAGACAGACAAACAGAUGAAAGAAAAAGACAGACAGAACAGAUGAACAGACAAACAGAAGAAUGAGCAGACAGACAGAUGAACAGACAGACAGACAGACAGACAGACAGACAGACAGACAGACAGACAGACAGACAGACAGAAGAACGAGCAGACAGGCAGAUGAACAGACAAAACAGACAGACAGAAGAAUGAGCAGACAGACAGAUGAACAGACAGACAGACAGAAGAAUGAGCAGACAGACAGACAGACAGACAGACAGACAGACAGACAGACAGACAGACAGACAGACAGACAGAGAAGCAAGGGAUGCACAGGCUAACAUACAGACAGACUCCAGACAGAUAGGCAGACAAACAGACAGAUAGACUUACAAACAGACAGACAGAUAGACUUACAAACAGACAGACAGACAGACAGGCAAACAGACAGACAGACAGACAGACAGACAGACAGACAGACAGACAGACAGACAGACAGACAGACAGACAGACAGACAGACAGACAGACAGACAGACAGACAGACAGACAGACAGACAGACAGACAGACAGACAGACAGACAGAUAGACAGAUAGACUUACAAACAGACAGACAGACAAGACAGACAGACAGACAGACAGACAGACAGACAGACAGACAGACAGACAGACAGACAGACAGACAGACAGACAGACAGACAGACAGACAGACAGACUUACAAACAGACAGACAUUCAAGGCUUAUCAAGUAAUCAUUUGGGCAUUCUUAUUUGACAGCUUUGUCUGGUUGCAAAGUGUUUUAAGCCUGCACUGCCUUUCCUUGAAGAAGACAUUGCUGAGAUUAUAAAAGAGGUAUGUCUUCAAGAUAGUUUAAUUAAUUCAAGUUACUACUAGCAUAAUCUACAAUCAUGUGUUUAGUCUUCACAGGACCCUCCGAGUGAUGUCAGACAGUUUCUUCUUUAUUACUACUAUGGUGGCAUGAUAUACACAGCUUUGAAGAACUUUGACAGGGCUUUGUUCUUUUAUGAAAUAGUAAGAAUUUACACUAAAUAUCACUGUGCAUUAUGGUUUUAUUUUGAGAGAAACAUCAUGCUCCUUGCCAAAUAUUGUGUAUUUAUAUUUAGGCUAUCACAACACCAGCAAGUGAUAUCAGUUAUAUUAUGUUAAAUGCUUACAAAAAGUUCAUACUGGUUUCCCUCUUGGAACAUGCUAAGGUAGGUAUGGUCUUCUGAAAUGAUUUAAUUUUCCUAUUUUAUUGCCUGGAAGAACACCUGCAUAUUUUUAUAUUACAAAUGUAUGAUAUAAUGCUCUGUAUGCUGUUGUUUAGAUUAUUAAUCUUCCUAAGUACACCUCACAUGUUGUCAUGAAAUAUCUCAAGGUGAAUAACCAAGUACCAUCAUUACUGAUAUUGCUACCAGUAUCAAAACUACCAUCAUUAUAAAUACCAUCAUACCAGUAGCAUACUACUAUCAUGAUGGUCAGUAUCAUGCACUGCUACCAUCACCACCACUGCCAUCACCACCAUCUUUACACUGUCUCUAUCACUACCUUCACCAUUACCUUGACUGCCAUCAUUAUCACUAUUACCACCACUACCAUCCCCGCAUUCACCACAACCAAUACACCAUGACAACUAACACAUACUUAAUUAUACUAAAUUAUUCAUGUAAUCAGGCAGUUAUCAAUUCUGGCCACUACCAUCAUCAUUUUUAGCAUUGCAUUAACCAUUUCACAUCAGUAAAGACUUGGUAAUCCAUAUUUAAUCAUUCUGUUUAUUGUCUAGCCCCUCAGUUCACCUUAUCAUGAUCUAGCUGAUGCGUAUGCCUCGAGAAAUCCAUCUUCAGUUAACGCUGUUGUCGCCAAGAAUGUUGACCAUUUUACGGCGGUUUGUAAAAUGAACUUCUAUUGUAUGCAUUAUAACAGUGUUUCUGAUAGACCAGUUACAUGUGCAGCAAUGCUAAAACAAGAUAUUAAGUAGUAAGCUAAAAAUAGUUGUUUUAAAAUAUCUCUCACAGGACACAAAUAUGGGCCUUGUAAAGCAGGUGAUGACGUCAUUAUAUAAAGUCACAAUUAAAAGACUAACGAAGGUACUUGAGUCACUAAUAUUUUAAUACCACUACUUGUAUCUUGUACUUAGUUUGAAAUUAAAGAAAAGAUGUGUUUGGUGAUAUUUUUAGACAUUUCUAACAUUGUCAUUAAACGAUAUGGCUAACCGCGUGGGACUGGACAAUACUGAGGAAGCUGAACGAUAUGUAUUACAAAUGGUAAUCUUUUCGCUAUAUAGCUAGGUUUUUACAUCAGUUUAAUUUUAGGGCUUGUUUCAAUUGUUACAGCUCAUUUCCAAUUCAAAUUUAAUUCCAAAUCCAGAUUAAAUUUCAAAUCCAGAUUUAAUUUCAAAUUCAAACGGUAUGUACGUAAUAUGAGGGUCUAGAUGGGGGUCUGAAAAUCAGUAAACGGUAAAAAUUUUGGUAUUUUAACGGUAACAAUAAGUAACAUUUUGGUAUUUUAACAGUAAAUCUUUGAAAAGUGUUCUGAAACGCUAAACAGUAUUUUUUCCUCACGAUUCACGCUAAAUUUUUAGUGUUUUCACGAUUGACAGUAACUGAAAUUGAGUGAAUCACGACUCACAAUAUAUCCCAUCAACACCCUCAUAUUACCAAAUUGUGAGACUGGCUAGGUUUACAAAGAGAAUCUUGAUUGCAACUCGAAUAUGGUUUAUGAGGCUUUAGAUGGGGGCCGGUAUGAAAAUCAGUAAACGGUAAAAUUUUUGGUAUUUUAACAGUAAAUCUUUGAAAAGUGUUCUGAAACGAUAAACAGUAUUUUUUCCUCACGCUAAUGUAAUCACAUUAAAUUUUUAGUGUUUUCACGACUGACGGUAACCGGAAUUGAGUGAAUCACGACUCACGAUAUACCCCAUCAACACCCUCUAAUAUGAACACGUUUUGGGAUUCGUUUUCUGAAACAAAAAUGAUGAAUGUUUAUGAUUCGUUCUUUAGAAAUAUGAUUUCUAUAGUUUAUUGUCUUUUGUCAUCGUAAUCAACCAAUCACAAAGCAUGUGCAUAUGGGUAGGAACCGACCCAAAUUUAUUGACGAAAGCCCUUUUGCAUAUUUUACCUUGAUUUUCAGAUUGAAGAUGGCGAGAUCUAUGCUUCAAUCAACCAAAAAGACGGUAUGGUUUCAUUUCACAAUAACCCAGAGAAAUACAAUGAUCCUAGAAUGCUGAAACGACUCGAUGACCAAGUGAGUGUCAUUCUUCCGCCAAAUGAAACUUUUCCAUUACAAUGAAGCUGAAGGGCUUUUGCUCAGGUUGUUCUAACACAAACCGUGGCAACAUAUUCUAGAACACUACUUUCAGUCUUACACUGUACACCCUGUGAAUCUCCUUUGAGAUUGCCUUAUUAAUCUUACUAGAUCCGUGCGUACCAAAGUCUCGACGAUAAACUCCACUCUAUGGACAGUAUGUUAGCUCUCAAUCCUCAAUAUAUUAAAAAGGUGAGUUGCUGUUUAAAAAUUGUUUACUCGGAACAAUAAAGUUAUUCUGGUUGCAGCCAGGAAAGCUUUACUUAAACUCAUGGAUGUUAUAAAACAUUUAUUAUUAUCAGCUUUCUACACCAUAUACAGUAUACAAUUAAAAUAAAAAAAUCGCCUUUUAGUCCUAUUUUAAUUGUAUAUAUGGUGUAGAAAGCUGAUAAUAAUAAAUGUUUUAUAACAUCCAUGAGGAUAACUUAACUAUCUCUUACAGUUGACCAUCAUGUGCUGGGGUACCAUUUACAGUCAAACCCUCUUACUGUAGUACAACUCAUUUGCUGUAUAAUGUAAAUUUUCAUUUCAGACAAAUGAUAUAAGCGGUGGUUUUGACGAUGAAGGACUAGGAAAAAUGAAAGAUGAUGGAAUACUAUGAUUGGACAAUGACCAGCCAUGAACAACCAAUCAGGUGAAAGCGCGCCAAACUCUUCAAUCGCAAUAAAAUUGGAUUGGCAUUAAAUUCGAGAGGUUUAAGCAAAAUCAGACUUCACUAAGCUAUCUACUUUGCUCUACUCAGAACUCUCUGAAAAAUAUUAAUAACAGUUCGAAGGUUAAUGUGGUUCAGGUUAUAUUGUGUCCCGAACCUCAGGCAGAGCGAAGAAACGCAACCUGGGGCCGAUUGUCCAAAAGCCGAUUAGUUUAACCCUAAGUUAACCUAAAAUUCAAAGUAAAUUUCCUGAUAGCUUUUUUAUAAAUUUGGAAAUAUUUCUUCAGAAAUCUUGUCUGGAUCCGGAGGAGUUUUCUUCUCUGAAGUUUUGAAAUAAACAGACGUGCAGAAAUACAUAAACUAAAACAGCAGGUUCAAUUUUAACCCAGGGUUAGCGCUAAUAACAACCGGCCCCAGAUAUAUAGAAUAUGAGACACGAAUCUUUUAUCAAAGCUAGUUUCCACUCAGGAAAAUUAUCCGUGGAUUGGAACGGACAAGAACGUUCUUCUUUGUUUUGUUGGAACUAAUGACUUUAACACAAAGAAAAAUUUUCUUGUCCGUUCCAAUCCACGGAUAAUUUUCCUGAGUGGAAACUAGCCCUAAGGGUGUAUUAGGAAAAUGUACUUAACCAAAACCGUGCGAAAAGUGGCCUGGGACAAGAUUGUGUAGCUAUUUUGGGAAACGUUCAUUGACAACUGUCCGACAGAUAAUAGUGUAUGAAUGUGUAUGUACGAUUAAUAUUCAUAUUUUGUACUUGUCGCGUUCAAUAAUUAUAUAGUUGUAUUUAGUCAUCAGAGAAAUUUAAGUUUUUGUUUGGAUAGAUCGAAUUUAAGCUUUAAGAAUACAACAAGAUGGCGGCAAUUUUUGUAUCUCUUAAAAAAUCUUGUUCUCGCAUCGCAUCAUGGGAAACGUGACGUCAUAUCGUUUCAUUGUAUACAACCGGGGGCCGGUUGUAUAAAAACGUAGUUAGCGCUAACUGCAGUUAAAAAGUAGUUAAAAAGUAGUUAACUUUAAUCACGUAGUUAAGCCGGUUGUAUAAAAGUGUAGUUAGCCUUAACUGCAGUUAAAAAGUAGUUAAAGUUAACUAUACUUUAGGGUAUAGUUAACUGUCCAAAAUGUAGUUAAAAAUGGCGUUUGUAUAGGAGUGAACAACAUUUUUCAGUUAAACAAUAAUGAAAAGCAACGUUUACCUGAGAUUUUCAAUCACUAUCUUCCCUGUGAAUGUUUCCUAACAAUAUAAACUCUUCAAACGCUUUGCACAGGACGAUUUCUCGAAGACGAAGUAUGGUCCAUUACACCAAGAAACACUGAUAUAUAAUUGCCAAACAGCUAUACUUUAGUUUAACGUAGACAUCUCAAGGAAAACUGCAUUCUUUUAUGAUUUUUGUGGCGGUCGGAUCCUUGUUUUUUGUUUAUUUUUCACUGUUUUCUAGUGUUUUGAAUAAAAUUCCCGCGUAUUUGCAAAAUACGAGUCCACAAUCAUGUUGAAAAUGUGUGUCAGCGGUCGUUACUCGUUGCUUACUUUAUGUAAUUUUGUGUUUAAACGCCCCACGCAAGCCCCACGCACAGUUAACUACGUGAUUAGUUAACUAUCCGACUAACUACGUUUUGUGCAACGCAGUUAAGUCGUGUAGUUAACUAAUUACAGUUAAGGAUUUAACUACAGUGAUUAACGCUAACUACAGUUAGCGCUAACUACGUUUUUAUACAACCGGCCCCAGGUGAUUGCUAGAUAACUUGUUACUUAGUAACUUAACCUGUUAAUGUCUUACAAAAUCCCAAAAUAAUGCACCUACAAUAUGAGUAAAAUUACUAAAAAAGAGAGUAGAUGCAUGUGCUCAUAAAUUUGGGUAAUUUUACUCAAAAUGUCGAGUCACUGUUAGUGCAUCAAGUUUUUGAGAUUCAAACAUUUAUUUGUGCCAACAAUAGUACAUAGUUUAAAAGUAUAUAGUUACAUAAUUGGACGGAUAAUCGAAGCACAGGCUAUUUGGAAUAGCAAACCUGAUCUAGCCAAAUAGCCCAGGAUAUAUUAUUGGAUUAAUAUAUGAUAGAAGGAUGAGCAGAUGGUUUUACUAAAUAUUAGAUACAGUAUGACUGGCACAAAAAACACGGAGACACAAAAAAAAACCUGCAUGAAAGAAAACAAACAAACAAAAAUAUACAUACAGUAAGUCAUGUUCUAAAGUCAGUACGAAUUUAAGAAUGUUGAAGUAUUAUGUUUCUUGAAAUAUUUUUUGUUCAUUGCUUUAACAUUUUCGUUCAGAGUAUUCCAAAUUUUAGAUUUGAGUCCAAGUGUUUUUGCAGUGUGUUGGCAAUUAAGGGCUGUGGCUUGUUACAUCAAGUGCUAGAAAAAUACAACUAUAUAACAUGUGCAUAAAAAUCUAUAGAUUUUCACCUCUGCAGUCGUAGUACAAAUAAUUGCGUGCAGUUUCGACAGUAC